AUCGAGUUACGGUAGUGAAUUUAGUAUCUGCAACGCCAUUGAAGUACAAUGCUGGUAUUUUGAAUGAGAAAUGGUUUGGUGAAGCCUUUACUCCAUCGCUCGUACUGUAGGAGGCGCUGCCGUUAUUUAGUCUACCGGUAAAACCACUGAAGAAAGAAAGGCAACUGGAGCUUUCAGACGAUGUUGACCAUGAGAGCGCAGAUGGAUGUGAACUGCUGUAAAUCAGUAGGAACGGAUCUGUCCAUGCUGGAUAUUGAGGAUUUCAUCACUGAAAUCUGUCAGCUGAAGAAAGAGGUGGCGUCACUGGAGGCAAAGCUGAGAGAAAGAGGAGACAAACCCAACAGAGAGGAUCUGGAGAAGGUUUCAGUGUGUGUGACUGAUGGGACAGAAGCUCAGGAUUCAGUCUGGAGAUCCAGAGACACACAGGACUCAGAGCUCAGCCUCACUUUACUGUGUUAUACUGACGCUCAGGAUCAUGGAUCCGCUGAUCAAACCUCUGACUGUAACGCUGGAGAACUGCAGAUGAAGAUGUGCUUCGUCAAACUGGAGGACUGCAGGAACCUGAUAGAGAGACGAGGAGAAGAAACCACAGCAGAGGAACAACAACAACAGAGCCAUGAGGAGGAGGAAGAUGAUGAUGUUCAGAAUGAGGAGGAGGAUGAAGAUGAUGGUGAUGUUCAGAAUGAGGAGGAGGAUGAAGAAGAUGAUGAUGUUCAGAAUGAGGAGGAGGAUGAAGAUGAUGAUGAUGUUCAGAAUGAGGAGGAUGAAGGAAAUGAUGUUGAGGAUGUAGAAAAUGAGGAUGAGAAUAAUCAAAGUGAUGAUGAUGAUUUUAUACCUUCAGAUGUGAAUGGCGGUUCAUCUGCUGAUGAAGAAACAACCUCGACAUCAAAAGAUCAGAGUUUCUCCUGCGAAACCUGUGGGAAAACACUGAGCUCACAGGGACAUUUAGCGAGACAUGAGAGAACACACACAGAACAGAAAGACUUGACAUGCAAGAGAUGCAACAUCAGCUUUCCUACCUUAGAAGAGAAGAGACUUCAUUCAAAAGAGCACCGAGUGAAGAAGGAGUUUCACUGCGAACAGUGCGGGAAGGAUUUUUUCACCACUCCUUAUAAUAUGAAAUCUCAUAUGAAGACACACAGCGACAAGACUUUCCACUGCAGCGAGUGCGACAAGUAUUUCACCACCAAAGGGAAUCUUGAUGCUCAUAAGCGAAUCCACACGGGUGUAAGGCCGUACAAGUGCCCUCACUGCAAGAAGAGUUACAACCAUGGAUCCCAUCUGAAGAAGCAUGUGCGCGUUCACACCAACGAGAGGCCGUAUCAGUGCAGCGAAUGUGGGAAAACCUUCACAAACUUAACCUGUCUAAAGUCACACCAGAAAAUACACUCUGAGGAGAAACCAUAUCAGUGUUCACACUGCGAUAAACGAUUCCGUCACAAAUCUCAUUUGAUUUGCCAUGAGAGGACUCACACCGGAGAGAAACCGUACCUGUGCUCCUACUGCGGGAAGAGCUUCUUUAGCCCGGUUAAUUUUAAUCUUCAUCUGAGAGUUCACACUGGAGAAAAACCGUAUCACUGUAGCGUUUGUGGGAAGAGUUUCAGACAACAGUGUGCCUUCAAAAAUCACCAGCGGAUUCAUACAGGAGAAAGACCGUUCAAGUGUUCUCAGUGUGACAAGACGUUUGCUCGAUCGGACGUCCUGAAGACUCAUGAGCGAGUUCAUACAGGAGAGAAGCCUUACCGCUGCUCCAUCUGCGACGAGAGAUUCGCUUAUUUAGGUAGUUUUCAGACUCACCAGAAGAAACACGCUAAAGAACAAACUGAAUCAUCAUAGUCUCUUUUCAUCAGUAAGUCUGGAUUAAAGACUCAUUGAGCUCAUCCUGAAACUGCACAUUGAGCUCUUUCUGCCAGUAGGAGGCAGUGUCACAUUGAGCUUUCAUGUGGAUUGGGAGAGUAAAGAUGAAUCGAACUAAACACUGUAAAUUAAAGUUGUGUCGUACACAACAGAACAAUGAUUGUAACUUGUAACUCUUUUUUUAGAUUAAUGUUAAUUCUCAAUAACUUCUGUAGACGUCUGACAGAAAUAAAGUCAAUCUGGGGGUGCGUUUCCCAAAACCAUAGUUGCUAACCUGUUAGUUCACAUCUCACCCAACAUGACAUCAUGACUUUUGCGUAAACAUAUACGCCACUUUCGAGUCAGGUGGCGUGUUAU